CGACGACGAUCAAGACCCCGACAGACGAGCUCGUUUCCUGAGGUACCAGCAAGUGGGGAACAGGGUCGUUGCGGGGAAAUGAAAUAUACGCGCAUGCGCUUAUACACAACUGUGACGUAGUUGUCUGUGACGCAUUGUACGCUCAUUGGUUACAUUUAAUAAUGUGUAUUAUUGGUGGGGAUAAAACCGAUACCCGUAAGCCUGCUUAACCGCCGCAUUCUCGAGCGUUCCGCGUUCGUCAUUGCUCGUCUUUUUAAAACUCGAGACGUAUUCUCAUAAUUAUUUUGCUGGAUUAUUAUUAUCAUCGAUAUUUUCAUUGUGUUUAAUAUUAUUAUUAUCAAUAUUAAUUUGAUAUAAAUUAUUAAAACAUAUUUAUUACUAUUACGUGUUUUUUGUUUUAAAUAAUAAGAGAAAAGAAAAUGUUUUAGUUGAAAAAAAACAAAAACAAGGAAGAAAACAAAAGAAUUUUUUAAGUAAAAAAAAAACAUUGAUAUUCAAGUGUUUAUAUUUCAUUUCGUGAUAUCUUGAUUUAUUGAUAAAUAACAGUGAGAUUUUUUUUUGUUUUUUGUUUUUUUUUUUUAUUUGAUCAGAGAAGCCACCAUUUUACUCACCGAACAUUUGUGAAGAGUAUAUGGACCCCACCCUUGUCAAUUCACAGGAGAAUUUGAGUCACGCCAUUUGCUGCAAAUAAAUAGAUAAAUAAAAAUUUAACGAGUGUGUGUUUUAAUGUGAUUUUUAAUAAUUUUUAUAUUAUUAUUUGUGUGACAUAUUGUGGGUGAUAUAAUAAAAUUUAAAAAAAAUAAAUAAUGGCAGGAUAUAAAAUUGUGCAGUGAAUCAUUGUUUUUUUGUUUUGAAAAAAGUGUAAAAUUAACAUAAAUAUAUAUUUUGAUACCAUUGAUAAAAAGAUAAGGAUAAUAAAUAAAUAAAUCUGGAUUAAUGUAGCAUUAUUGCUGAUAAAUAAUAUUGACAUAAAGAUAAUUUAAAAAAAUAAUUAAUUUCAAAAUGAUGGGUAAACGUACACAUUGUUAUUUGUGUGAUUUACCACGUAUGCCAUGGGCAAUGGUAUCAGAUUUUUCCGAGCCAGUUUGUCGUGGUUGUGUUAAUUAUGAGGGUGCUGAUCGUAUUGAUGUUGUACUUGAUGCUGCUAAACAAAUGAAAAAAGCACAUGGUUUUCAAGAUACACGUCCAUCAGCAUCAAAAGCAUACAGAAGUACACCUCACAGUGAACACAAUGGUGGUGGUGCAACUAAUUUAGAUGUAUUACCAAUACAAAAUGUCAGUCAAGCACACACAAGAUCACAUCAUAAUAUUGCAAAUUAUCCACAAUUACAUCAUCGUAAUUCAAUAACUGAACAAUUUAAUACAAAUCCACGACAACAACAGCAACAGCAGCAGCAACAACAGCAACAACAACAACAAUUAGUAGCAGCUGCACGUCAACAACAACAACAGCAGCAACAACAACAACAACAGCAACAUCAUGAUGAACCACAUGAAAUUGUUAAUGGUGGUAUAAGAAAUCCAAAUGUUAGAAUUUCAAAUGCACAUCUUGCUGCUGCUGCUGCUGCACACCAUGUGACUAUGGGACCAAGUCGUGGUACACAACUUAAAAGAGGUAUAUCAACAAUUGAUGAAGAUGAUCAUCCAGAAAAAAGAUUAACAAUUGAAGAACAUCAACCAAGACCACCAUUAACAAGAGGUGAAUCAUUACCAGCAGUUAGUCUUGCUGUUAGUUAUGUACAAGACAGAAACAAGGAUAAACAUCCAGUCAGAGCACCAAGUUUUGAAACAGCAACAACAUUUAAAACAAAUGGUGGAUAUGUUGGACCAUCAAUACCACUUGCACCAGCAAGUGUUGCAACAAAUGGUGGUGGUUCACCAUUACGUCCAAGAACAACACCACCACCACCUCCUCCACCACCACCAACAUCACAAGAAGCUGUAUCAGUUAAUCCACAAGUUAAUCAUCAUCAAGUUAAUCCAGUUGGUCCAUCACCAAUGGCUGCAUUAAUGUCUGUUGCUGAUACAUUAACAUCACCAGAAUCAGUACCUCAACCACCAAAUAAUCCAAGUCCAACAAGCAGAAGUCCACCAACAACUGCUGCAAAUGCACAACAAAGAAGUGUUUCUAGAGGAUCACAACACAGUCCAAAUAGUUCAGGUUCUGGUAGAAGAUCAAGUGGUUCUAGACAAGUAUCAUCAACAACCGUUAUGACAUCAUCUGAAGGUGCAGUAACUGGCCAGACUGCUGGAUCAGAACCAGUUGCAGCACCAGCACUUAAAUGUACACUUUGUCAAGGACGUCUUGAAGAUACACAUUUUGUACAGUGUCCAAGUGUAGCUCAUCAUAAAUUUUGUUUCCCAUGUAGUCGGGAUAGUAUCAAAAGACAAGGAGCUGGUUCAGAGGUUUAUUGUCCAAGUGGUGAAAAAUGUCCUCUCGCUGAUAGUCAAGUACCAUGGGCAUUUAUGCAAAAUGAAAUAGCAACAAUACUUGCUGAGGAUACACCAAGUUCUGGAUUAAAAGUUAAAAAAGAACGUGAAACUUAAAUUAAUAAUUAUUCCUCAAUUGUUAUUAUUGAGGUUUCAAAAUUUAUAUAUACUGUUGAAAUCAAUUAUUGUCAAUUUGAUAAUAAUUUUGAUCAAUGCAGGUUGUGUUUGGUGGGAAUCCGUGAAGGUCCACCAGGCAUUUUUCCUCUUGGUUAUUUUAUUAAUUAUAAGAAAAAAAAAACAACAGUAAAAUUAAAUUAUAAAAACAAAAAAAAAAACAUUGAGUAAAAAUUCAAAAGUGAUUUAAAUUUAAAAAAAUAAUAAUUGUAAAUUUUUUUGAGAGAAUAAUGAUCAGAGCCGAAGACGUUUAUUUGGAAAUUAUUUGUUCGAUUGUUGUGUGUCACGGAUAAUUCGAUUGGUAAAUAGAUAUUUUAUUUUUCAAUUUUUUAAAAUUUAUUUUUUUUAUUUAAUUUUUUUUUUCUUCAUCAAAAUCGAAUUGACGAGACAUUGUUUUGUGUCUGAAAAUAAAUGACGGUUUAUGAGCAGUAGUCUUCGGCAAUUAUGCACGAUGGUAUAUAACAAUGCACUAAAAAAAGUAGCAAAAAAAAAAUUAUAACGUUUUUAUUUAAAAAAAAAAAAGAGAAAAGAUGAAGCAAAAAAAAAAAAAAAAAAAAAAAGUUUGUACUUAGGCCUGAUCGCCUCAUUGAUGAAGCGCUAAAGCAGAUUGAUAUCAUAUUUUUAAUAAUAACAAUAAGUAUAAUAAUAAUUACCAAAAUUGAUUAUAAAAAAUAAAUAUUAAUCAAAAAAAAAACAAUGAAAUGUGAUUAUUAAUAAUAUUCUCAUUGUUUUAUAAAAUUUAAAUUUUUUCUUUAUAUAAUUUUAUAAAUUCAUCUUAUCGGUAAUUUUAAUAUUUUUCAUUUUAUUUUCCUAUCAAGUAAAAUUCAUUUUGCGUUUAACAUUUGGACAAGCUAAAAAAACUCUUGGUGUUUUGCUCCGAGCCAAAUUUUUUUUUGUACAUUCUGUAUAUGUGUACAUACAUUCAAAAAUAAUUCUUACUAACACAAAAAAAAAAAAAACAACUCACUCAUAUAUUAAUAAAGUUUAAGACUAAAGGCGCAAUUAAUUUAUCAAUGUACAAAAAAUAACUGAAAAAUUAUUAAUAAUAAUAAUAUAAAUUUGAAAGUUUUUACAUUGAUUUUUCAUCAUUAUUCUUCAUUGAUGUAAGACAGCUUUUAAAUCAAGUUUUAGUAUUACCAAAAGUAAAAAUCUUUUUAUAUGCACAAAUUGGAAUUUUAGUCUUUCAAAUUUUGCAAAAAUUAAAAAAACAUUUUGCAUUGCAUAAACACAUACAUUAUCUAUAAUUAAAAAAUUGUCAAGUUACUUGAAAGUUGUCUCAAUUCAUUAGCAGCAAUUAGCAAAAAAAAAAAAUACAAAUAUCUAUAUAUUCAAUAAUAUUAUCCAUCAAAUGACAAGUAUAUAAAAAAAAAACCAUGUCAAUGAUGAAAAAAAUGACAACAGUUGAAAGAUAAAUAAAAGUUAAUAAAUUAUUAAUAAGAUGAAUGAAAAGAAUAAUUUAUAAAAAAAAAAAAAAAAAUAGUGAGAAAGAAAAUUGUUGCCACUAGAAUUUUUAUUUCUUCAAAGUCGGCUUUUGUCAACAAAUUGAAGAGAAUAAAA